AUGGCCCUUUGCCUUACUUGCAACAGCUUCAGCUUGUGCCGGAUCUUCAAAUUCUCGGACGCCAGUUCAGCAACAAACGUAAAUUCAGACUCAAGAUACUUUUGGCAUGAGCAUUUGGCCCGAUUGUGUUUCAGACAUUCGGACAACAUAUCCCAGAUACAUAUCACGGCUUCUGCUGGCUGUGGUCUAUGUACGUUAUUGUUUGAUGCAUUCACACGCAAAGAAGCAGAGCUAGCACAAGAGGCAGGCCAACUUCCAAUCAUCCUAGCACGGGGCGUGAUAGUUAAAGAUGAACGCAACGAUCCGCCUCGAUUCUCACCAUACAUGAAGCCUCGACUAAGAUCAUUCUUCCUGAGGCCCGACAAAGAACCGAUCGGCCUUUGUGAUGUUGACAUCAGCAUUGACAACGCUUCCGUCGAAUUGGCCAAAGAGAUUCCAUUGAAGCCGUUUAUCAAACUGCAUUCACAUGCUUAUGAUCCCAGCUGUGUGGCGCUUGCAUCAAGGUGGCUUUCAUCUUGCCUGGAGAGUCACGAUUGUCCAGCGCCCAACUUGACAGGUCCAAGUUUGUUAACACGUUUCCUCCACGUCGAAAAUGGAAGCAUAAACAUACGCCUUGUCGAGUUCCCACCCGGGGCAUCACUGCAACCAUGGGUCGCUCUAAGCUACCGAUGGGGGGAAAAGAAGCCACUGGUGCAGUUGGAGCAAAAUACCAUAAAGAACUUGAAGAAAGUCGGUACCAAGAUCUCAGAGUUGGAUGAGAUUAUCCAGGCUGCAAUAUCCAUUAGCAUGGAUUUAGGAAUUCAGUAUCUGUGGGUGGAUGUAUUGUGCAUCCUUCAAGGUCAGGACUCCGAUUGGUUGGAGCAAUCCUCACAGAUGAAUUAUAUCUAUGGACACUCGACGGUAACUAUCGCCAGUGUGGACACAGAUGGCUUUUCACAGAGCUUCUUGAGACCGCGAGAAACGCAGUACAUCGAAAUACCUUGGAAAGCGGACCCAAAUCAAGACGCCAGUCAAGAACGCCGAAAGUCGUCGCAUUUUUACGUCUCCCAACGAUGGCCCGAUCAAAAUGACCAGUUGAUUGGACCGUGGUCUAAACGUGCAUGGACUCUGCAAGAAGAGCUCCUGUCAAAUAGAAUCUUGUUCUAUUCUUCUCAUCAGAUUGCCUGGAAAUGCUGCAGCGAGGUUGUGUAUGAGCGUGGCCCCCAACACGUCCCUUUGACCGAGUUCUACUCCAGCAUCGCAGACCUACCAGGUGGAAGACCUUUCUGGAAAUACGACCUUUUCACCCAAUUCAAACUCCUGCCAGAUUACCUGGGCAGUCCGGAGUGUCUCAAGCCCCAUGGUAAGUACCUUAUCUGGUACAAUGUCAUUGAAGACUACUCUGCUCGGUGUCUAAAAUACCCACGAGAUCGACUUGUUGCCAUUUCAGGCAUAGCGAAAGAAUACAGCACGGUCCUCGAUGGUGACAGAUAUGUGGCAGGUCUUUGGCAGUCAGACAUGCUUCCAGGUUUGUUGUGGUACGUUGAAGGCUUGGAGCUUUUGGGGAGGAGAGUUGGUGAGUCCAUCGACCACGAGGUCAAGGCUCCUUCCUGGAGCUGGGCCAGCGCUCCCUCUGGGUAUACCAUUAAAAAUGACUGGAAAGACAAGGAACUUAAAGAAUUAGCAACGUUGGAAGACGUCCAAUUUGGUCUGGUGGAGCCGAACAACCCUUUCGGCGGUGUUUCGCAUGCCAAAGUCACCAUACGUGGACGGCUAUAUCGGUUUUCUCAGCUUUACCACCCUACUUGGCGUUCGCAGGGGAGUGGCCUUUCACCCUUCGAACGCCACCUUUCUCAUAUGGUCGAGCUCGACUACGGCGAGAGAGCAAACGAAUUCUCCCGUGAAGACCACUAUGCCGCUUUAUUGUUGGUGCAACAAAAGACUUCAUAUUUUCCUCGUUUUGAUGCUCUUGUUCUCGAGACUUUGCCGUCACCCAGUGACGAGAGGGCUACGGUUUGGAAACGCCUGGGUGUUUUGCAACUGCGCCAUUACAGGAAACCGACAAUCCCUCCCUUAAAACUCAGAAAGUUCGGAGCCGAAUUGGCAAAAUCUCUAGACCUACGACGGUCAAAGCCCAUUUUCUGCAAGGAAGACAUCCAGAAUUAUGAUUCGGGCAAAUGGCUCUACGAAUCUGUAACCAUCGUCUAA